AUGACCACAAACUUAGAAACAAACUGUCCACCCUUAGAUUAUUAUUUAAACCCAAAUAGAAAUCUAACAUUUUCAUACGAUAAAGAUAAUGAUUCCUUUCAACAAGGUUUACUUGGCGUAGACGCGGAAAGUAACUUGAUCGGAAAUUUACAUCUCAAUUAUCAAAAAUGUAAAAAAAUCAAACGGGUCAGCUUGCAUUUAAAAGGUCUAGAAAAAACUUUAUGGAUAAAGUCGGAUUCAAUAAAACCCUGUGAAGGGGAACGUGUUCUUAUCGAUGAGAUUUACGUAAUUUCGGAAUCAGUAGCGGACGAUUCAAUUGAGAAUUUAAAGGUUCCUUUUAAAAUAUUAUUGCCUGAUGAUCUUCCAGGAACAAUCGAGACAAGAUUUGGAUCCGUAUAUUAUAAUUUACGUGCUAUUGUAAAUAGGAAGAAUGGAUUAUUUAAUUCUAAAGAUGAUAUAGUUGAAAUAAAAUGUCCACUUAAAACUGCGAUAACUUUAAAUUAUACAAAUAUUUCUCCUCAUAAAAUCGUAGGUUCAAAAAAUGAGUUGAUUUAUGCAUUCCACUUACCACCACAAAAAUGUUUUCAACUUGGAACUACUGUUUCUAUACCAAUGAGUAUUUAUUUAUUAGAAUCAGACAUUACUAUUAGGAAAGUUGAAAUUUCCUUGAAAAAUUGCAUGAGCUUUCAAUGUGACCAACAUGAAAAUCUUGAUAAGGAAGAACAAGUAAUCUCGCAUAUUUUACAAGGGAAAGUAAUUAAGAAUUUAAAACCAAUUUCAGAAUAUUGUGAAAAGGAAUUCCUUCACACGAUAGAAUUUUCAACUCCAAACAAUGCAAUACCAACUUAUUCAGGUGAACUUAUAAAGAUAAGUAAUAAGCUUUGUAUAAGAUUUUGCUUUUGUGAGACAGCUCGAGAUUUUCAAAUAGAAGAAAGUGUACAAAUAGGUAACAUUUAUGAGAGAUUCACCCAUGAUCAUUACAAGUAUUUUCCGAAUCAAUUUAUUCCUGAACAAGAAUUGGAUAACAACGAACAUGAAAAUGAAAUUUCAAGAGAAAUCGAAGUUAAUGGUGAUUUAAACCCAAAUCUUCAUGAUUUUGAUACUGGAGUGCUAACGUCAAAACAACAAGAAACCAUUCGGCAGUUAAGGUUGAAUCAUGGGUUGUUUUUGGACGGAUCUAGCAUAACACAUAGUAAAAUGGCCGUUAUUGUUGAAGAUGGAAGCUUGAAUGCAAACUUAUAUAAAGGACAUCCUAUAGUAUACACUAGCAUAAAUGAUCCCGAAUCUUCUACAAAUCUUCUAGCGUUUUACGAUAAUGAUAAAGCAAAUUUUAAAAACCCAAACCUACCGAAUGAGUGCAUAGUUUACCCAGUUGCUGAAGUGACUUAUAAAGGUGAUUUGAUAGAAACAUUUUCAAAUUACGUAGAUGAUUCCAAAGAACAAUUACAUGAUUUAUAUGGUCACCUUUUUGCAAAAAAAACUUUGCUUGGUGGCAAAUUAUUUAUCACAUAUUCUACGUUGGUCACUAAAGAAGACAUUGAAUUCUUAAAAUAUCACUUAUUUUGGGCAUAUGAUAAUGCAAAAUAUCAAAAAAAUAACGAGAAUCCAUUCGGAAAAAUUUCAGACUUAAAUUUUUUACCAAGGGUAGAAACAUCAAACGGGGAAAAAUUAAAUACUCUCGACAAAUUGGUCGGUUGGAUGAAUAGGCUAUAUAGAGAAGAAAAGGUUGAAAUAAUAUCUUAUAACGAUCUUAUUCCGAUCUCUCAAUUAAGGAACAAAACAAAUUCCGGAAUAGCUUCUAAUGAAAAAAUACCCGGGGUGAUUAAUUAUAAGGAAAAGUUAAGUUUUACGCAUUGGAUCGGCGAUUCGGAUUACUUCAACCUAACGAGAUUUGUAAAAGAUUUUCACCUUCUUCACGGUCUUGUAAUGAAUAAACGUGAAAUAAAAAUAGGCAAAAAAAUUGCAAUUAAUUUAGUCAAAAUACCCGAAGUGAGUUCAAACAACAGAUCCUAUUUUGAAAUAAUCAAACCGUCGACGAAAUUGGAAGAAUUAUUAAUAUCCAACAACUUUUCAAUUAAAGAAACAAGUACCUUCCCGUUUAUUAAGAUGGGUGAUUUUGAUGAUUUAUGUUUUGGAGACAAUCUCCAUUUAAUGGUCAAAUGUGAACGAUAUGAAAUCCUUAUAAAUAAGGAUCACAUUAAACCUUUAGAAGAAUUUAUUACAGCAAUAGACAAGGCACUUGAUGAUAUGAAACCGAAUAAAGCUUUACAAGAUAUAUUUAACGAAUAUGGUCAUUUAUUUCCACAAAAAAUUGUCUUGGGGAGAUCUCUUAAAAAUAUUUUGUCAAUAUCACCGACACCGUUUAAUAACGAAAAGAAAAUUUUAACGCCGCCAAUUUUAAAAAAUUUACGACCAAUUCUAGAUGAUUUAAAUAUUUCUUACCUGUUAACGCAAAAAGGAAAAUUUAUUGACGUAAAUGAUUCAUUAUUGGAUUGGAUUCAGAAUAUAAACAACAAUAAUUUGGAAAUUAUAGAAUAUAGUAACAUCAUUUCUUUAUAUGACAUUCUUGAAUUGAAACAAAAAAGGAAGAUCGAUAUGAUUUUAGAGAAUAAUGAUCAAAAUAAUUUUAAAAUCAUUAUGACCGGGAUUGACACUUUGCAGGAUUUAGAUAUUAAUAAUCUUGAACAUUUUAAACGUGUAAAUCUAAAAAAUUUAGAUCAACCAUUGGAAGGUAGUAAUUAUGAGGUAUUUGGAUCGAUCGUUACCAAAGAUAAUUUAAAGACGGAAGAUUUUUCUGUGAUAUUUAGCUUAUAUGAUGUUAAUGGAUUUUCGGCAAUGAUAACAACUUUAGAGAAAACGACCAUUCUUGAUAUAACGGAAUGUUACAUCUUGUGGAUGAUUAUUGGGAAUCCUUCAAGCCUAUCGAUUUUCAGUCCCAAAAAUCGAGAAUUUCAAGUCAAUUGUAAAAAAGAAUCCAUUACAUUACGUCACGAUAAUUCUUGUCUUCGUAUUCAAUCUCCUUGUCAAUUAUCUAAGGGAUAUGUUAUCUUUGUUAACGCGAAUUACAAAUUAACGAAUUAUAAGCCUAAAAAUAUCAUAAAGUUAGUUGGAUGGUCAUAUAAUUGUAUUGAAUUUCAAAUAGUUGAAUCCGUUUAUAAUGAAUCAAAGCUCAAUGUUUCGGAUCCAAGUAUAAUAAUUUCCGAUAGUGAAUUCGAUGAACAAUCUCUUCUCGACAAAGAUGUUCCUAUGAACAAUAAUAAUAUAACGAUAGACUUAUGUAUUUGUAUUAUAAAUUCAGAUUAUAAAGGUUUAAAGAUAGAUCAUGAAGAAAAGGAAUAUUCUUUAGAUUUACUUGCUUAUAUUUUAUCAGAGAAGAACUUUGAUGAGAAGUUAUCAAAGGCAGCUGACGAAAAUAAUAUUCAAAAUAUUAUUAUACGACCUUUUAUAGAUGAUAUUCAAAUGAUCGUCUCAAUAGAUAUCGGAACGAUUUAUUCCAGAUUUGCUAUUGCAAGUAAAAAGAACAAUUAUGAUAUGAUAAAUGAAAAUUCAUUUGAUACAAAUACAGUAUUGCUUUAUGAUGAAAAUUAUAAUGAAAUUAAAGAAUGGGGAUCAAAUGCAAUGGCCGAAAGACCAACAAAAAAAGUAAAAAAGCACAAUAUAUGUAGUAUUAUUGAACACUUUAAAUUACAUUUGCUCGAAAUAUCCGAAGAAAAUAAACCACCAUUACCAAAAGAUUUUGAUUAUAAAAAGGCGAUCUCAAUUCAGGACAAAAUAUCCAAACAUAGUCCUGAAAUAAAUUUCUUUAGAAAUGUUUUAAUUAUGUUAUCUAUUCCUUUGGAUCCUUCAUAUAAAAUAAAAAAAAUCAUGAAGGAUUGCAUGCAUAAGGCCGAAUUAAUUAAAGAUUUAAAUUCAAAAAAAUUGCAGUUUAUUACAGAAAUUGAAGCAACAGCCAUUUACUGCAAGAAAAUACUAGAAAAAGAACUUUUAUUGGACGAUCUCAAAAAAAAUUUUUUGGUUGUUAAUUGUGGAGGCGGUAUGGUUGAGUUAACCCUAAGACAACUUUCAAAUAACCAAUUGGCAGAAAAGUCAUCAACUUCAAGUAAACAUUGUGGAUCGAUUUGUGUGAAUAAAGAAUUUCUUGCAUUUGUUGCAAAAAAAGUUGGGUUAGAUGCCUUGAAAAGUCUUCAAAACAACCAUUAUGAACAAUUACAAUACAUGGUUCAACAAUUUUGCAAAAAUUGUAAAUUAAAAUUUACUGGCAAUAGCGGUGAUUAUAUAGAUUAUCAGAUGGAUCUUGAAGAAAGUUGUCCUGCCAUCAAAGAUUAUAUUACUGAACCAUAUAAAGAAGUAUUGAUGAAAAAAAAUUGGGUUAUAACCCUUGAAUAUGAAGAUGUUAAAAAAAUGUUUGAACCGAUUAUAAAUCAAAUAAUUAAAUUAAUUCGUGAACAAAUUUAUUCCAUAAACACUUGUUUUGCUAUGAUCUUAGUAGGUGGUUUUAGUCAAUCACAAUAUUUGCAAACGUGUAUCAAAAAGGAAUUUGAUCAAACAAUUAAACAUAUUUCUGUACCCAGGCAUCCAUUUGCAACGAUAAAAGGGGCGCUUGAAUAUGGAUCAAACACGAAAUUAAUACAUUCCCGUGUGAUUACCAUGACUUAUGGAAUUAGUACGUAUCCUGGCAAAGAGGAGCAGAGAAAAAGAUUUUUAAGAUUAGUACAAAAGGGUACAGAAGUACAUGUAAAUCAAGAAUUUGAAUAUGAAAUACGUCCAUGUUAUAAAAAUCAAACAACAUUUUCAGUUGAAUUGUAUACUACAACGGCACCAAAUGCUAUAUAUUGUGAUGAACCCGAUAUGAAAAAAAUUGGAAACAUCGACAAAGUUCUCCCGAAAUCAUGGUCUAAUCAAUUCAUAAAUCUUGUCUUGUUUUUUGGACAAAUCGAAAUACACCCUUAUGUAAGAAACCGACAAGGGGAAAUUUUGCCGGCUAAUUUAAAUUUAUUAGAUUUAUGA